AUGAGGCCAUUCCACUCUCUCAUCGAGAGCUCUGCGUGUUCUUUGUUCAAGGUUUUAGAAAUCCAUUGUCGGGCAAUCAAAUUAGGUGCCAUCGCUGACAUCUACACCGCGAACAAUAUUCUAAGUUUGUAUGCGAAAUCCAGGGAAUUAUGUUUUGCCCGCACGCUGUUCGUGGAAAUGCCCCGCAGAGACACUGUUUCUUGGAAUACAAUGAUCGCUGGGUAUGUACAUUGUGGGAACGUCGAGACUGCGUUCGAGAUUCUAAGAACCAUGAAGAUAUGUGGCUUUGAUUUUGAUGGGUAUACAUUUGGAAGCAUACUCAAGGGGGUUGCUUCUGCUUAUCGGCUUGAUAUUGGGGAGCAAGUGCAUUCGAUGAUGGUCAAGAUGGGCUAUGCUGCAAAUGUUUAUUCGGGUAGUGCACUUUUGGACAUGUAUGCGAAGUGCGGGAGAGUUGAGGAUGCAUAUGUGGUGUUUCAGUGCAUACCAGAGCGUAACUCAGUUUCGUGGAAUGCACUGAUAGCUGGUUAUGUGCUGGUUGGUGAUCCUGGGACUGCAUUUUGGCUGUUAGAUUGCAUGGAGCGGGAGCAUGUGGAACUUGAUGAUGGUACAUUUGCUCCGCUUUUGACAUUGCUCAAUAAUACUGAGUUUUACAUGUUAGCAAUGCAGAUUCAUGGUAAAAUCAUAAAACACGGGCGGGCAUUUGACAAUACUGUAUGCAAUGCCUUAAUCACUUCAUAUUCAGAGUGUGGGUCCAUAGAAGAUGCCUAA